GGCGGGGGGGCGGGCGGCCGGAAGUUGACCGUGAUGGCCGUGCGGUUGGGCUGGAGACGGGGUUCGCGCGCGGGUUUUGGCCCUUAACUCUCGCCCGAGGACGGCGGCGUGUUGACUCCCCGUUGGAAGAGCUCAGAGGAGGCCCCGGGGGCGGUGGGAGCGAGGGAGCGAGGCCUCGAAGUACCGUGUAACCGGUUGGCGGUGGUGUGGUGUUGUGUGGUGGUGUGAGCAGGGGCUUGGGCUGGCAGUUGUCCCCGGCUCAGGCCUAACCGCCUCUCCUCCCCCCUCCCGCCCUCUCCUCUCCUCUCCGUGUGUCUCAGGCUUCUCACCCCCCGCAUGUACCUGGCAGGGCCGGGGGGGUCACCAUGGACGAUCUCACGUCCAUCAGCCUGCUCUCGCUGGCCAUGCUGAUCGGCUGUUACGUGGCAGGCGCCAUCCCCUUGACUUUCAACCUGUCUGAGGAAAAGUUGAAGUUGGUGACUGUUCUUGGUGCUGGGCUGCUGUGUGGAACCGCUCUUGCUGUUAUCGUUCCCGAAGGAGUACACGCACUUUAUGAGGAUGCCCUACAUGGUAAACAUCACCACGCAGGAGAAGUAGAAAAGGUGGAGGAGUCGUUGAAGGUUGGCGAGUCUGUGGAGACUGAACAUGUUCACGAGCACUCAAUGCUACAUGCGUACAUCGGCGUCUCCCUGGUGCUUGGGUUUGUUUUUAUGCUCCUGGUUGACCAGAUUGGCAGUUCCCAUGUGCACUCUGGCGAUGAUGCUGAAGCCGUGAGAGCAAAUACCAAGAUCACCACCACACUUGGACUGGUGGUUCAUGCAGCAGCGGACGGCAUUGCAUUGGGUGCAGCAGCUUCCACAUCCCAGACAAGUGUACAGUUGAUUGUAUUUGUAGCUAUUAUGUUGCACAAAGCUCCAGCUGCAUUUGGUUUAGUUUCAUUCCUUAUGCACGCAGGACUUGAAAGGAAUCGAAUCAGAAAACACCUCCUGGUGUUUGCAUUGGCAGCACCAGUCUUGUCCAUGCUCACUUACCUAGGCCUGAGUCAGAGCAGUAAAGAAGCACUUUCAGAGGUGAACGCCACAGGAGUCGCCAUGUUGUUCUCAGCGGGGACGUUCCUGUACGUGGCCACCGUGCAUGUGUUGCCAGAGGUGGGAGGCACCGGCCACAGUCACAAACCGGAUUCUGGUGGGAAGGGAUUAAGUAGACUUGAGGUUUUCACUCUCGUCCUGGGCUGCUUGAUCCCAUUGGUCCUCUCAGUCGGCCACCAGCAUUAACCAUCGACCAGUCAGGCACGUGGGUCAGUCGCCUACCAGUGUCUGGUGUCUGCGGAUUUGCUGCGCUUUUCCUUUUUGGGGUCUUUCUCAUGGAGUUUCCGAGUGAAAGAGAAUUGUAACGAGUGAAAGAGAUUAAACUAAAAUUUGACAGGUUGUAAACAGGGAAAGUCAGGACACUCUCUCGUCAGGGUAGGCACUUUGAAAAUGUUAACCAUGAAUUUUUGUUUGUGUGUAUGGAAGAUUCCACCAGACACCUUCGUUCUCUUGUUCAAUCAAACAGGACAAUGAAAUACAACCAAACUGAGUAUCCGUAUAAAAGGAUAUAAGCGAACAAUCUAUACUAUUAGAAUAAGGAACGUGGGUACAUUACUGGCAUUAAUCGAGCCAAGGGAAUUAACACUGGGUUUAUAAUACGGUCUACGGAAAAUAAUUUUUACCGUAUUUUACUCAAUAGCGUAUGGUCUUUGUGUUCAGCUACUGUCUUAAACAGUUUGUUCUGCCAUAAAUUUGGUGCCUGCUAGCUCAGUAUCCCUGUGUUUAAUCGAUAGAAUCGCUAAGUAUGUGAGUGUAUCAAGAGAGACUGCUUCUGAAGUGCUUCAUUAAUGUAUAAGAGGAAGGAUUUUUUUUAAAAAACAGUUGAGUUCAGUUUUAAUGGUCAAAACACAUUGAGGUCUGAAAUGUAGUUGUUUCAGAUUGGAAUCCUUCAAUAAGGAAUCUGAGAGAAGUCUUCUGGGCAACAAGAUGUACAACUCGUAGGACCUCUGUUGAACGUAAAUUGUGUUGUGUGAAUCUCCAGUGAGUAGGCGGGAUUUAAUUCCAGCUUCCUAUGUUGAGGAGCACCGAAAACCCCUUGUUUUAGACCUUGUUGUAUAAAGAAGGAUGGGGCUGAGAAGGAAAAUUUUCUUGGACCCGUGGAAAUAAAACUGAAGAAUGAAAUGCCGUUGAUAUGACUUCCAGCUGGUGAAUAGUCAUUGUUCUGAACUGUGUUUACUGCCUCUGUUGUUUAUGUAACCAAAAUCAUUCCAUGGAUGGCUGGCUGCCUUACUUAGCAAACUCUUAUCUCUGCACAUUAACAGAUCUUGAAAUUUUUGAGGGGAGGGGAAUUGUUUUAAGAUUCUACAAAUAAAUUUUUAAUAGGUGGUCA